GGUUGCCGACGAACGAGAUCGCGGAGCUGUCGACAACUGCAGCCGUGUCUUCAUCUGCAGCAGCAGCAGCGGCCGCUCCGCCGUGCCCCACGCCAGUCGAGGCCGGCGGAGGCGGGAUGGCGAGCUUGACGUUGCGGACGAACUUCUGGUGGUCUUCAAGAGUGGCCAUGUUGAAGUUAGAGCUGAGCUGGAGUAGACCUGAACGAGAUGGGUAAGGAGUACAGAGCUGUCUCACCGAGGCUUUUGUAGCUAGCAGUGUCGCCGCCUGGGCGCAAAAACAUAAGUUUUGUCAUAAAGAGCAUGAAAACCUGCUUUGACGCAUCAGAAGGACCCUGAAAACACGAGGCGGGGAGCAACCAUGAGCUGCCAUGCUGCCAGAGACGUAUGCAUGGAUGCUCGAAGUCAUCGUUUCAGCAUACGUGUGUUCCACCCUGUUCUCCACAGCCGGCUCUUGCACAAUGACGGCUUGACCGAACCAGACCAACGGAAUGCCAUCGUGAUGACCUUUACGAGUGUCGCUGCAGAAGCCAAGAGUCAUCGGGGCUUAAUACUACUAGAGGAGCCAUCCUUGUCUAGCGAGGGAACGUUCGACUUCAAGCUUCGUAUUCCUCGGUACGACUUUGCCACGUCAGGCUCGGAGAACAAUCGGUGGCAGCAGCCUGCAGGGAUUCCGUCUGAUCUUGAGUGCAGUUUGACCUUCGUCCACUCCCAGAAUGGCGCUGAUUACAUAAUGAUUCUCACGAUAGCAUAUCAAGAUCAGUCAGAGUACAGCCCUGUCAUCGUCGGCGACGAUGAGCUCGACUGUUCGAGGUAUAAUAAGCCUCAAGCGUUUGCUCGGUUCGGCAUGAUGUGCGCGACAUUGUACAGUACAAUUCAUGUACCUGUCGUUGAGCUCGUUCACGGGGGGCCUGUGACCAGUGAACGAACGAAGGGUCGAAGCGCAUGCAGUGAGACUAUUCUAGCAGCGUCAUUCAUGCUCCGCAGCCGCCGCCGGCAAGUCAUCAUUCAGAAUGAAAUUGUAAAUCCGUGCGGAGUGGACGUGACAAACGUCCUGGCAAUGCCGAUCAGAUGUUCAGGCUCCUGGCUAGAAGAAUUGCCACCGACCGAUGAGGACGCUACUCUUCAAUUGACUACUUUGACAGCAAUUGAGCCGGGAAACUGA